UUGCGUGUUGCGUCCUCCGCGAGAAGGGAUUAUUUUCUAAAUAAAAUUAAUUUAAACGUAGAAAUUACUCCUCGUAAUGUAACUACAAAAUGUAAAAGUUAAAGUCGCCUAUAGUUUAAUAUAAAACAUUGCUUGUCGUUCCGAAAACCGGUCGUCGACUGCUCAGUUCAGAGGCAUCAAUCUUUAUUCUCACAGUCUCCCAAUAUGGAAAAGAAAUUCCAAAUAUCUUAAUUGCCCGCUUUGUUUGUUGUUCUAAUGUGGUUUAUGCGAAGAUUAACUAAAGUUUUAUAAGUGGCUGUGCUUGUUAAAGUGUAAUGAUGAUUGUGUGGAUGGUUUCGAAGUCGUUGAACCUUUGUGCGGCGUGCUGACAUUGUGAAAUUGUGAAUCGGAAGUAUGUAAAUAAACAUGAACGAUAUAGGUAUUAAAAUAGUGGAAUCUCCGAAGGACCGGUUGGCCGAAGUGUCCCCGGCGGAGAUUGCCAGUGAGAAUGAGGUGGACCCCCUUAGUAUUGACGAAGUGAAAGACCCAUUAUUGAUGAAUGACAAGCUCGAUGGAGACAAGGAAAGCUGUGAUGAAGAUGCCAAAGAGCCGAUAGGCGAGACGAAGAAGGAAUGCAACAAUCCACAGCCCUUUGAGACUGUCAAAGAUGUGCAGCUAAAGGAAGCAGACAGCCCAGCAACUACACAAGAAGAAAACACAGCAGCUAUAGAAACCAAUAAUGAAACAAGAAAACACGAGGUCACGGAAAUCAUAAGUGAAAAGGAGACAGAAGAUCACUUAGAUGUGAAAGAGACAGCUCAAGAAGUGAGUGAAAGUGUGCAGAUAGAGGUGAAAUUCCCAGCGGGGCCUGAUGUGGAGAUGACAGAAGUACCAGCAGAGAAAAUUGAAAAGGAUCUGAAGCCCAAUAUACAGCCCAUAAAUGGAGAUAUUAGUAAGGAUGAACAAUCUAUCAAAAGACGCGCCAGCGAAGAAGUGGACACGGAAUCGCCCCUCAAAAAGCUCUGCGCGGAAGUAGAGAAGACCUUCCCUCAACAUGACACCAUGAUAAAUGACUACAUACAGACGGCUACCAAGAACAACAUAGACGAAAUACAGAGGCAUACUGAACAGCUACUCUCAGAGAUACAAACAUUAAGGGAACUAGCGCAAAAAAAAGAACAUGAAUGGAACAAUAUACUGCACCUAAAAAAAGUUAAAGAAGAAAUUUUACUAAGGCUUUUGAGGAGAAAACAAGUGCUGUCAUUUGAAAAAAGUGUGGAUGUCAAUGGUUCAGAACGAACCGACCCCUUUGAUUAUCUCAACCAAGCGAAAAAUUUAGCCAUAGACAAGAGCGAUGAGAUAUCUGGAUUGUCGAUCAAACAGCCUGGAUCUAUGGUUAAUCCUCUAAUCCAACCAGUUAUGCCUGUAACUUCGCAUUUCAAUCCUAUGUCAGGACUACCUCCUCCUUAUGAUAAAGCAGCGCACAUGCAAGCUAUGCCAAAACCAGUGUUUCCUCAAGCGAUGAUGAUGCCUGGUCAUAUGCCUGGUUUUCCUAGAGACAUGAAUGGGCAACUUAAUAGUUUUGGUCUGCCGAUGGGUCGGCAAGGCCCCACGAAGGAUGUGAAGUCGAUUAUAGCGGAUUAUAGGCAAAGGAACCCCGAAAUCACCCCGCGGCGCGGUAGAAGGAUGAAGUCCAUGAUCAACCCUAACAUGAUGAACACACCCCGGCCUAUUGCCCCGAAAAUGGACAACAUGAACAAUCUGAGUAAUCUCAAUAUGCUGUUCAAUAAUUUGGAUAUGAAUCAGAAAGCUAUGUUGGAGCGUCUCCAACAAAUCCAAGCAGGUGGUCUACCAAAUGGUCUCUCCUUCAAAGAUGUGCUGGUACAAUUCGCCAACAUGCAGCAAAGCAAUGCUGGUCUCAUGCCCAAUAGGCCAAUGGAGCUGAACCGACCGGAACACCAUAGACCUGACUUGAACAGACCAGAGAGAAGAAGAGAGAGGAGCCAAGAAGAAGCCCAUAUGUCUGUGAAACCACCUGAGAGGGUAGCAACUUCUAGUCCAAGAUUGCCGCCUCCGCCCCCGUACCCUGAAAUCUCACUGCUGCCGGUCACCACGAGUCAAGACACUUCACAAACUCAGCAAAACUCGUUACUCCACGGCAUAUUAACCAAGCCGGCGCCCCCCGCGUCUCAGUGUUUCUCGCCGACGUUGGCUAAACUGCUCACGUCACCGGAACGGAAACAGAGUACCAACGCACCACCAUUGCCAACUUUCGGUCAGGCCAAGAACUGCGGCGAGAUCACGAUCACGCCGGUGCAGCCGCCGGCACCCGAGCCGCAGACGGAGAAAACUGAGGUGGUGCAGUUGGAGGAGGAAGAGAGCGGGGCGUCCGAGGAGUCAGCUGGGUCGGGUGCGUCGGCCGCAUCAGCAGCGUCGGGCGGCUCGGGCGCGUCUGGCGGCCGACUGGUCAUAGAUGAGGGAAGCGAAGACGCGCCCACGUGUCAGGGCUGUCGCUCUCGUCUCGCGCAGUUUGUAUGCGCCGGGUGCGCCAACCAGUGGUACUGCUCACGGGACUGCCAGGUGGCGGCGUGGGACGACCACUCGGAAAUGUGCUCUGGCUGAUCAUUAUAAACUGGAAAAUAUACUAAAAUAGAUGAUGUAACUUUAUUAUUACAUACUAAGGUUCACAAGGUUCUCCACUUGAAGAAUAAAUUGUAGUAGUGUCCCUUAUGGAGACUACACAGCAAAGGCGCCGGUCCGCCGGCCUAGGUCGCUGGCUUAACAUCGUUCGAAAAGGCUGCCGGUUUUGGUCUGUAACCUUCAGAAUAUACCUAUAUUGGUAUAUGGAAUCUCUUAUUUCUUUUUAUAUUGUGACUCUUCUGGGUGCCAUUAGGCUAGGGACAAAUCUAAAGAAGGCACCUAUAUAUGCGCCUAUAAGAACGAGCUUUUACGCGCAAAAAAAUGCUAAUCUGAAACCGCUCUAAGGCUAAGAUCUAUAGGGCGCACUUUGAUUUUGUUCAUACUUACGACAUUGUUAAAACGAGAUAGCGCUAUAUUGCUGACAUAAGUCUGUCUCGUUUUAGCUGAAACUUAAGUCUGAGCCAAGCCAAAGUGCGCUCUAUAGAUAUCUGCUUAGUGAAACCAAAGUAAAAUUUCCGCUCAGAUUUUCGGAUAAUGGUUGAAGAGAAAUUUCGCGCGUCAAAUAUUCGAUCAGAUAAUCCCUAGCCUUAGUGUUGUUGGAAAAUAGAUUAUCGAGGGGCUUGUAUUACAAAUACUAUCGGUUUCGAUAGGUAGAUAGGGACCUAUCCUUAGUAUUUUGACGAAUAAAAAAAAAAUAUAAAUCAACUCGGUCACAAGUUAUGAAAUACUUUUUUUCAGUAUUUUUUAUACACCUCCAAAUCAAUUACUCAAAAUUCGGUAUUUUUACAAGGUUUUUGUUAAAUAAAAGAUCAAUUAACCAUUUUUGGUUGCUUUUUGGUAAUAUAUUCCUAAUAAUGUGUUAUGAUAUUAGGUCAUUCCUUAUAGUUGUAUAUGUAUGGUAGAUAACUUUAUAAGACAAGUUUCUGAGACAGAUCUAUAGAGCGUUUAAGACUAUUUAAGUCUUAAACGCUGGCUAACUACUAACUUUUACAUUGAGUAAAAUUUCUUCGUGAUGCAAUAAAAAAUAAUGAACAAGUGCGAGUCGGACUCGCACACGAAGUGUUCCGUACCAUCGUAAAAGGUAUACCUAACACUU